AUGCCACGUCUUCGACACGAUGCACCUGCUCAGCGUACCAGCCCUCGCCGGCAUCGCGAGGCCUAUCGUGCUGCGACAGAGGUAGAGCCAGCACAGAAGAUGCGUCGCCUGGUCCAGAUCGGCCCUUCGCCGCCUCCGUUCACCACAGCCUCUCGCCUUCUCGCGACGCGAGGUCCUAGAAACCGACAUGAGCAGCCCGAGCCGCCUCACGCCACAUCUGCAGAUGGGUCGCCGAAAGUGACAACGAAGAGGCGAAUCGUUCUUGUGAAGCGAAACAAGCCUCUGGAAUUACGACCUUCUGCUUCGCCUCCGCACGCUGCACCUAUCACAACAGCACCGCCGCUGUCCGAUGCCCAAGGUGUCGACACACGCCAGACGCCAAGACUGCAGCUUCUGCAGAGACAGCCUCAGCUGGAAUGGAGUGCGACGAGCUCGCCGAUCGGGACGUUUGCUGGCCAAGCAGCCGGCCGGUCCGGCCGUGGUCUGUGCCUAUCACACACCGGAGCACCCGAACAAGCGGCAAGGGAUAGAAGCACACACACAGUCGGCCUGCCAUCUUUGCAUCACCCGGCUCGCAUUCGAGUGGGUCACAGAGGCAGGCAGAGCACAGCCCAGACCUCGAGGACGGGCGGCGUGACGCGCAACGAGAAUGCAGGCGCGUCGCUAGAGCCGCUCGCCAAAGCCAAGCGUCGACGUGCGAGGAUUCAGCGGGUCCAGCUGGGCGGUGGCCUGCCGCCAUCAUCAUCUACGGAUCAGCCACUGAGCGAUGCGGACCACCAGCGGAACUCGCAGCCGGACGCUGAUGCUUUGGGGGCUGCGUACGUGUCCGAGAUCAGUCUCUUUCCCACGCUGCCACAUGCGCGGCAACAGGGUGUUGCGGUAAGUUCGAUCUUGCCGGCUGGCCCGAUGGUUUCGGCCACAGACACGUCUCACGACUCCCUGUUCAAGGCGCCGGGCCCGCCUGUUGUGGCUUCCGAGCGCAUGGACGAGCAGCCAGAGGACGGCGACUGGAGCGCGGGAUUACUCCAAGUACUGUCGCAGAGCGCACUGCGCAAGCUGGGCGAGGUGCGACCAGUCGAGGCCGUCUCUUCACCGCCUUCACCGCGAGAGCAGCAGGAACAAAGUGAUGGUGCGGACACAGGUGUGCACUCACCGUCCCGGAUAGAGGCACAGCAUCAGGUGCAGGUCGACUUUGACACCACCCACUUUACGCGCAUUCAGGCGCAGCGCAUGGCAGCCUCGAUCAUCAACAGCAAGGAUGGACCGAAACGGUGGUCAUCGGUGCAUCCAGACUCGGACACGUCGUCGAAGGGAUCGUUCGUCAAGAUGCGCUCACCCGGUCCGCGGAGACUGCUGCAAGCUGCUGUGAAGCCUCCUUCGAUGCGCGACAUCUGUCGCGACAUCGGCUUCUCUUCGAGUCAGCUCCAAAAGAGACCAUCCACCGAUCUCCCACACUUUGCCCAUCACCAGCGUCUCGCUGGAUACGGCGACAAUUCCCAAAGCGACGACGGAGCGCUCCUCGGAGCGUUCGAGCACGGCCUUUGCUUUGCGGGAUACCGGCUCGCCCGCCAGACUCAACCCCGAGCACACAGCCAGUCGACAGAGCUUCCUUCGUUGCACGCCUUCAACGAAGCGGCGUUGCAACGACGAAGACACACGCAACGCAAGGAAGUGGUCAAGGUCAUCGUACCGUUUUCGGAGCCCUCGCUGUCCGCACACGCCACACGAGCGUGUUUCAUCGCACCCACCCGCGCACCACGCUCGGCUGGACAUCGUCCGCACUCGCGCUCUGCCGACGGCGGAGCGGUGCUCGUCUGGAUGCAGUCCACGGCGCACUCGUUCUUCCGUGCUCUAGAUGGCGUGGUGCAAGCAGGAUCCGCACCCGUUGCGCAGAACAGCAGCUCGUCGCACGGUGCGGACUCGCUCGAGUCCAGUCUGUAUCCCUCUCCGAUCUUGCACUAUGCUGCCCAUACGCAACAAGGGGGAGCGCCUUCUCAUGUCGCGUUGUACGUCCAUCUCGAUCGACUUGAACACGUACGCGACGAGCUCGCGGCCAUGGAGCUCGGCAAUGGCAAUGGCAAUGGCGGGGACGACAGUUACAGGCCGUUCAGCGAUCCUGACGUGCAUCUGCUCGUGACAAGUGUCCAGGGCGAACCUCUGUGCUUGAUCUGA